UGCACCACUCGGCUGCGGCGCCGUGCGCGUGCGCCCGUGGCACACCGCGGUUCGUCUUCCGCGCCGGGAGCCGCUCGCGGCGGCGCGCCCCCUGGACCCCCGGAGUCGCCCCCCGGUGCAUGUUCGUCGGCGAGGAGGCGCAGGGACUCAUGUCGGGCGGCGCCAACGACCCCUUCCACGUCGUCAAGGACGAGCUCGUGGCGAAGCUGGAGAGCAUCGAGCUCCGCGUGGGCCAGUUCAACGGGCUGCUCUACGGCCCGGGGACGACCGCGGGCUCCAAGCCCUUCCGCGACUGCCGGAAGGCGCUCGGCCGCGAGAUCCGCGGCGCCGAGGGCCAGCUCAAGGACCUGGGGCUCACGGUGGACUACGUCGAGCGGGACCGGGGCGCCUUUUCCCACAUCGACGACCGCGAGCUCUCCGAGCGCCGCGACUUCGUCGCCGCGGCGCGGAGCCGGGUCGCGAACGCGCGCGACGCCGUCGGCGGGCCCCGCGCGCGCGCGAAGAUGGACGCAGACGACAAGGCCGCCGUCGCCGCCCAGCAGGGCGACUACGGCGCGUCCACGGACCUCGAGAUGGCCAACACGGACUUCAUCCACGGCCAGCGCGCGCGGACCCAGGCGACGAUGCGCGAGCAGGACGACAACCUGGAGCAGCUCGACGGCGCCGUGGACCGCGUCCACGCCAUGGCCUCCGAGAUCCACGGCGAGCUCCAGACCCAGAGCCGCAUGAUCAACGACAUGGAGAGCGAGCUCGACGAGACGACGGAGAAGAUGAACUUCGUCAUGGGCAAGCUCAGCAAGCUCCUCAAGACCAAGGACACGUGCCAGCUCUGGACCAUCGUCGCCCUCACCGUCGUCCUCGUCGUCAUGGUCAUGCUCGUCAUCUGGUCCUAGGGGGCGGUAAUCGCACGCGAGCGCGCCCCCGAGAGAGCGAACGGGGAGCGCGGCGAGAUCGCCUUCUACGAAGUCGGUUCGCCGCCCCGACAGCGGACUAUAUGUUAG